AUGCGCUUCCACACGAUCUCUCUUCUUGCCCUCGCGGCGGCGUCCACGACCAUGGCGCUGCCGAGGCCACGGACGAAGCGGGCGACGACGGCUGUGUCGGCGUCAGACCUGGCCGGCUUCGCGCCGUUCACGCAGUUCGCGCGCGCCGCGUACUGCGACUCGGACAAGAUCGAGGGCUGGAAGUGUGGGGAGGCGUGCGACGCGAUUCCCGGAUUCGAGCCGACCUUGACGGGCGGCGACGGGAACGCGGUGCAGCUCUUCUUUGUAGGGUACUGGCCGGACCAGAACUCCGUCGUGAUCUCGCACGAGGGCACGGACCCAACCGCGCUCAUGUCAGAUCUCACGGACCUCAAGUUCACGCAAGAGAACCUUGACAGCACGCUCUUCCCGGACGUGUCGACCGACGUCAAGGCGCACAACGGCUUCGCGGACGAGCACGCGAAGACGGCCGCCGCCGUCCUCGCGGAGACCACCCGCCUCCUUUCGGACAAGAACGCGAACCAGGUGAUCGUGAUCGGGCACUCGCUCGGGGGCGCGAUCGCGGAGCUCGACUCGCUCUACCUCACCCUCAACCUCCCGGCCGACGUCCACGUCAAGGGCGUCACGUACGGCACCCCGCGCGUCGGCAACCAGGCCUUCGUCGACCUCUUCGACAGCAAGGUCGCCGACUUCACCCGCGUCAACAACGAGCACGACAUGGUCCCGAUCGUCCCCGGCCGCUUCCUCGGCUUCUCCCACCCCAAGGGCGAGGUCCACAUCACCUCCCCGGGCAACGCCGUCGCCUGCUCCGGCGACGACAACGACGGCGACGCGGAGUGCACGGACAAGACGGUCUCCAACAUCCUCAAGGGCUCCGUCCUCGACCACCUCGGGCCCUACGAGGGCAUCCACAUCGGCAGCAUCUUCUGCAACUGA